AUGUUGAUCAAUACGUAUUUGGACACGGAGGAUUUCGUGCAUCUGUAUUACCCGGAGGAUGAGGCGCCUGCCCCCGCGCAGGGCUGUGGUGCUGGUGCUCGAAUGGCUUCCAAGUACCCUGCCCGACCGCCUUCACCAGAAUACUCGCAGGUGUCAUCGUCCGCGGGCGAGAUGAGUGAGCGCGAGCGGUACCGCGCGCCGCCGCAGCCGGAGCCGCCGCCACACCGGGUGCGCGCCGCUGACCUUUAUCCGCGCCAGCGCACGCACUACGACGAGCCUGGCCUCGACGCCGGCUUCACACCGAUAUGUGGCGAAUUUGUUCAGUGGGUUGGCCGCAUGGCGGAUGGAGGCACAAUAGCUAUGUCAAAUUAUAGACUGCACAUGCAACCCAAGAAAUGUACCGGGCCAGGGCCUUCCGUACCCACGCGGCUUAUAGACGCUGUGGAAAUACAAGAUCUACUGCAUUUAAUAGUACUAUGCAAGCACGGCAGACAACUAAAGGCAACAUUCGCCACGGGAGACUUGUGUGUGGAGUGGUGGCGACGGCUGAACACGGCUCUGGUACCCAUCAGUUCAGUACAGGAGACAUUUGCGGCUGCUUACGCCGCCUGGGCGAAGGAACAGCCUCCCGCGUCUGUACACAGAGCCCUGAUGCGAGCAUCACACGCCCCACACAGACAUUGGUUCGGUCCUGAGGUGGAGCGACUGAGUUUCACCAGCAGGGGAGCGUGGCGCGUAACAGCGGCCAAUGCUGACUACAAGCUUUGCCCUUCAUACCCGCCCUUGCUUGUGGUGCCCGCAUCCAUAGGAGACGAAGAUCUGGACUCUGUAGCGAGGUUUCGCGCCAUGCGACGCAUACCGGCGGUGGUAUGGCGUCACCGAGGGAAUGGCGCCGUGAUCGCUCGCUCCUCGCAGCCCGAGGUGGGCUGGCUGGGCUGGCGCUCCGACGAGGACGAGCGAUUACUGGCCGCUUUCGUGGCCGCCUGCAACGCCGAUAGGGGCAGCAUGCCGUCUCACUCCAACAAGCAAUUGAAACUGCUGAUAGUCGACGCGCGUUCGUACGCGUCCGCGGUAACAAAUCGCGCCCGCGGCGGUGGCUGUGAAUGCCAGCAGUACUACCCGGCGGCCGACAUACAGUUUAUGUCGCUGCCCAACAUCCACCACGUGAGGAGGAGCUUCCAGCAGAUGAGGGCGCUGGCUGCCGAACCCAGCGAUCAGCCCAAUUGGCACGUGAACCUGGAGCGCACACUAUGGGCGCAGUACGUUUGCGGCGUAGUGCGCGCCGCGUGCGUCGUCGUACGCGGCGUACUAGACGGACGACCCGCACUGGUGCACUGUAGCGACGGAUGGGACCGCACGCCGCAGAUAGUGGCCACGGCGCAGCUGCUGCUCGACCCGCACUACCGCACGCGGCAGGGUUUCCGCACCCUAAUCGAGCGCGAGUGGUUGGACUUCGGCCACAAAUUCGCCGAUCGAUGUGGCCACCAGUUUGGGCCCGAGGAGCCCAACGAGAGGUCCCCCAUCUUCCUGCAGUGGCUGGAUGUGACGUACCAGUUGAUGCUGCAACACCCUUGCCACUUCGAGUUCAACGAAGCCUACUUGUUAAAGCUGGCAACGCACGUUCACUCGUGCAUGUUCGGCACAUUCUUAUGCAACACUGGGCGAGAGAGGGCCGAGAAUCGAAUCCAAGACACCACCGCCCACGUGUGGCAUCUACUGCAGGCGCCGCCCUACAGGAACCACCUAUAUGCGCCUCUCACAGAUCAGGCAAUGGAACAGCAAGUGCUAUGGCCAGAUUGCAGCGUUCUAGGCGUCAGAGUGUGGACGGGUUUGUUCAGCGGAGAGAGGGACGAACCGGAACGGACUGUCCCGCCACCGCCGCGACCCGAGACUCACAACGGCCUCAUGACAAAGACGAGAUCGUGCGACAAUCUCCUCAACGAAAGCGAGAAGAGAACAACACAAAGAAGAUGCAGCGAUCCGAGUUUGGCGCCCGAUGUCAUGAAAUUGUCUGUGGUCGGCACGGAAUGCGAAUCUCUCCGAGUUUGCCGCGGGACUCUGACGGACAGCUGCGUAGACGAACUGCCCGGUCUCACGCCAAGUCCCAUAGCAACAGACCAGGUUGACGGCCUCCAUCCAGAUCACUUCGAGAACUCCAACACGCCGCGCGACAUCACCAGCGGCUCGUCAUCGCUGGAGCGCGAGCUCGGGCCGCAGGUCGAUGACCCCGCGGCGACGCGAGCGGCCGACACGACGGACUCGUCCGAUCCGACCGAUGCGGCCGAUCCGACUGACGUGACGAUCGUCACGCCCGAGGUGGACUCGCCUGAAGAGCCCGCCGUGUUUAUUGGCGACGCCUACACUGACGUUUUGGGUAUCGCCGAUGCGGCGAGGGAAACGGGCCGAACGCGGAACAUUAGCAUCACGUGGCGUUCGAUCUCCGAGUCGAGCAACCAGUCGUCCAACGGGUUCGAUCUAGCCGACAGACCGGCUACGUCACUAGACCAGUUGCACGACCAGUCUCGAGACGCGUCGCACGAGCCGUCGCCUGACAAUCAACUAGAGGCCGACCGCGCGAAUCACAACCUACUCGAGUUAACCAAUGGGAACGGUACGCUCAACGGCGUCAACGGAUUGGUUGACGUCACCACAAAGUUUCUGGAGGUUGAGUUGAACGGCGGUACUACAUCCAGCAGCGUGAGUUCAGAGAGCGAGGGGGAGACCGGGGCCACGAGACGAGCGGGAAGAAGGCACGGCAGUCAACUAACACUAUGUCCCGCAUCCCCUAGAAGGUGUUGCCGGUGUAGCCGCGCCCACUCCACUACUAGCGGUAUAGAGACGUCAGGCGACUCGUUAGGGGAGGCGUGCUGGUGCUACGUAGCCGUAGACAUGGACGGGGAGCCUGGGGGCCGGGCGCGUUGCGUGUGCGGCGCAGGCGCAAGUGGUGGGGGCGCGGGUGGGGGCGGAGGCGCUGACCCACUGGACGGGCUGCCCGUGCCCGCGGACCCCACGCAGGCCAGGCUGCACCAGAUCAUACUGCAGCACCAGAAAGUAGUCGAAGAACUGAGUGGACAACUACGAGAAGCACGCGAGCUACUGAGGCGGGCGUCGCCCCACGCCGCGGCGCCGCCCCUCGCGCCCGCCGCCGCCCCCGCGCCCCCCGUCGCCCCGCCGCAGAAGCGAAGCACUUCGGGCAGCGGCACUGGGAGCGCGUCGAACAGCAGCGGCGGCAGCAGCGGCAGCGCGUUCGAAGUGGAGGUGGGAGAAGAGGCGCGGGGAGUGGUGUGGUUACCCGACAGCGCUGCGUCGCGCUGCCAGCACUGCAGCAACCACUUCUGGCUGGCGCGCCGGAGACACCACUGCAGACGGUGCGGCGGCAUAUUCUGCAGCUCGUGUUCCCAGCUUAGCCCGUGGGGCGAGUGUGGGGCCGUGCGCGUGUGCCACCGGUGCCGCGCGCUGCGGUGACCCGCGCCCGCCUGCUGCACACGGUGAGCCACCACGCAUAUAACAACCAUCCGCUCAUGAACUCGCUGCGAUUACCCUGCCACCAAUCAAUAAUAAGCGCUGCGGCUGUGAACGCCCCCUGUUACAUCAACUACCCGCUGAUCGAGUCGCUGCGAUUACUCUACCAUCAUUAAUGAGAGCGCUGUGGUGACGGCGCUGCGGCCGUGAGCUCCUUGUUACAUCAACUGCCCGCUGAUCGAGUCGCUGCAAUUACUCUGCCACCAAUGAUGCAUCUCGACCUAUGCUAGAAUCAUCCUCCAAUGAUGCGCGCUACGGAACGAAAGUGCGGUACUUAUCUCAACUCGACUCUGCCACCGCUGCUGGGUACUACAUUGACGGUGCUACGGCCUUGCCGCCCACCACCGCCCGCUAUGCGUUAUAUCAACCACCCACUGAUGAAAUCGCUGCGAUUAGUCUAUCACCAAUGAUGUUCGCUACAAAAAGAAACGCUCCGAUUCCUCUGCCGUCAAUAAUAUGCGCUACGGAACGAACGUGCGGCUACGGACUACCGGCGCGGCUACGAUGACGCGUGCUCGCUGAUGUAAACCACCCGCUGUUGAAGUCGCUCCGUCUACUCUGUCACCAAUAAUAUUAUGUGCUACGAAUGUGCUGCUAUUUACCACAAACAACAAAUCUGCUGUUUUAAGUAGCUCCGUUAAAUGUGGCAACAAAAUCAUUCAUUUCAUUGCAGUAGCUGAUGCAAUGAUGUGGGCUACGGUAAGAACGUGCGGCUACGUUGAGCGCAAACUCGCACCUCAAAUAAACAAAUACGCUGCUGUAAUCGCUUCGAUUAUUUUGACACCAAUAAUAAGCGCUACAGAACGAACUCGCGGCUAUUUCGAGCGUCCUUUUCUACAUAACUACCCGCUGCUGAAAUCGCUCUGUUUACUCUCUCAUCAGUGAUGCGCGUUAGGAAAGGACGCGUAUCUUAACCCAACGAACCCGCUGCUGAAAUUGCUACGUUUACCAUGUCACCGAUGAUCUUGUGAUGUAUUUUGCAAUAUGAAAUGGUACGCCGCUUCUAGUACUGUAAAUCAAUUUUUGAUCGGUCACUAUAACAUUGUAAUUUUUCUUGUUUUAUGCUGUGAAUUAAAUUUUGGACGAAUUGUGGUACGUUGUAAUGUAGAACCCUAUUUUGUUUACCAUAACUGCUGUAUUUCAAAAUCGUAAUUUUAUAGCGUGCUGCAACGAUCCGUUAUUUGAAUCUAAUGAAAUGGAUUGCUAACUGUGUAUAUUAAUAUUAAGAAGCGACGCUCCUAAUUCAGCAGUUUAUCAAGACGGAACUGUUUUACAUUGUAUUUAAUAGGAAUAAUGUAUGAAUGAACAGUUCACGUCCACUCUCGACUAGUCAACCGCUUUGAUAAGUGACAUCUAUUCAUCAUAUUUACCUUCCGUGUAAGGAUAGACGCCGGACUGAUGUUGCUUUAUAAUCCACAUAUAACUUAUUGAAAUAAUGUUCAUAAUUGUUCCUAAUGUUCUCUCACGCACAUUAAUAAACUUGACUAAAGAAAAAUUCAAGUUCAAAAUUCUAAAUUCACUUCAUUUGGUUGGACUGUAUUUUGUUGCUUCUGAUUUCACCGUGAUGUUCAAAUACUAUCUGUAUUAUUAGUGGAUAUAAAGGUUUAAAUCGCACAACAAGCCUCAUUGGUCCUGCGGCUGCCCGCAUCGAUAGCGCCAUCGCAUGCAUCGAUUAUAUUUGUUUUUUUAUAAAAUGUUUAUCAUGAAUCGAUUGACUUGUAGGGCUGUAACUACUACAUUAUAAAUAAAAUGUGAAUAAUUAAUUUUACGUUCUUUUGACAAAGAAGUUAUGAAAGAUUCCUUUAUAAUAAUAAUAAUAAUGAUAAAUAUGGCAAACCAAGUGCUCUCAUUACCUCGGCCGUUAGUAGAUAAGUGUUGGUGAACAAAUGAAGGCUCACUUGGAAAUAUUUGGAAGUGCAUUUGAAUAGACGCCUGCCAAACUGAACUCUGUUUCCGGGGAUUAAAGUCGAAUUUUGUCUAUUAUUAAUUUGUUCAGUUGAAAAUUAAUGUGCGGUGUUGUUGUCUGGAUGUGGAACUGGCGAUCUAGUCUUUCGCGGUGUUUGCGGGCAGAUGGUUAAAAUAGUUAGAAAAAGGUAUAGUGAGUGAAUGAAUACGCGAAGGCUGAUUUUCUACUAAUGUAUAAUUUAAUUAUAAAUAUUACGACUCAUUUUGUUAUUAUUUAAAUGUUCAUGGAACUGGUAGUAUACAUCUUGUAGAGUUUACCCUUUUGUUGAUUCAACGGUAUUCAGUGACUGAAUCCUUAUUUUAUUAAGUGAAUUGUAAUAAAUUGGUUGCGUGUAUAUUUAGAUAAAAAACGAGGAUGUGUAUUGCCAGGUCGAUUUGUUCGUGUUAAAUGACUUGCAACAUUUCCGACACGAAUGUAAACAACUUUGUGUAAAGUACUGUUUUCUUUUUUGUUUAUUUUAUUUUGUAUUAUAGCGUUUCAUUUGUUCUAUAAUUAUUUUUGUACAGUAAAGUUUUGUUUCACACAUCGUCAGACGUUCGGCUCAAGUUGGUCGGCUGACUGUGAAGAGAGACAGAUGUAUAGGCGGUCAGCGCGUGCGAGGGAGAUAGUUGUCAUUUGUAUAGGAGGCUUAGAAGACUUGUAAUGUAUGUGUACGUCUCCUGCGUGACAUAAUGUAUCAGAUACAUUUUGUAAAGACGACGACACUCGACUGAAAUUGGUUUACGUAUUUAAAACAAAUGUUCCAUAUAGAAAUUUCUUCUCUUUUUGGCUCUACAUAAGAGUCAUAAUGCUUUGUUCUCAUCGAAUUCUAAUAGCAAUGAAGGUCGAGCGCCGGGUUCUAUAUUUUAUUUGUGAUAUCUAUGAUAAUUUUGUAUGAUAGUUAAGAGUUUAAUAACAUGUUAUUAGGCGUUAAAUUUUACUGGUGAUUAUUUUAUACCCUCGUACCGUGCGUUGAUGUAAUGGUUGUUGUGGGACGGUCGGGAUCCAGCGGACCUACACUAAGCAGCUAACGUGUUAUGAGAUAGCACAUUUGACUAAAAUUACAAGACAUACCUACCCGUUAAACUAGAGGCGUUAAAAACGAGUUUGAGAAGAAAAUAAUAUAGACAUGAUUGAAAGUAUAUUUACUUUCAUAUUGUAUAGGAAAUGUUAGAGAAUUAUUAAAUAAACUUAUCGAAAAAUACUUGUAAAAAUGUAUAUAGAUGAUCCUCUUGAAAAUCUAAAGUACUAUAUAAAUGCAAUAACGAGUACGUACAUGGAAAUUUCGAACUUAUUUCAUACGACACUGACGGUGCAUAGCUAAUCGUAUGCAUUUAUGCAGCUAAACCAACUAGGAUUGUUAAAACCCGCUGGAUUGCGACCGAAUAAUGCACUGGAAGCGCAAAAUUAUCUCACAACUGAUAUAUUAUAGUGGUGAAGUUGAUGCAAGUCUGAAAUUAGGGAUGUAACGAUACAUAAUUUUGCCGAUACGAUACCGAUACCGAUUUUUGUAAUAAAUAAUCGGCGAUGCCCAUACCGAUAUAGAUGGCUUAAUAGAUAAUUAAUCAAAUAAAUAAUGAAAUAGGUAUGUCUUUCUUUAAUUAAAUUUAAGGCCGAGCCUUGAGAAGUGUAAAGAAUAAAUUAAUAAAAGUGUACGAUCAAAAAUUAAAAAAAGAAAACAAUUAUUUUUGAAAGAUUUAAAAAAAGAACAAAAAAUUUAAGUGUCAAAUUAAUAACACUACAAAAUAACAAAUUUAUAAAAUAAACCGACGCUAGGUCAUUGUGGCAAGAUCGCCGAGCGCGCGUCAUUCGUUUGGUGCGGUUUUGAAUUAAUUAAUAUCGGUGGUAUUAUUAUCGGCAAUGCCGAUAUAUCGGUAUCGGAAUCGGUAUCGUUACAUCCCUAUCUGAAAUAUUGUAUGGUAUUGUAAUUAGUGCCAAUGAAGACUGGAUUCGUAAUACAGUCCAAAUGAAGUUGGCGAUCUGCCACUCGAGGCUUUUUGACAACAUGUUAUGAUAUUGGAGUAAAAUACGUGUCGCUCUGAACUUUACGCUACAAGCAACGCUACGGUGUGACGUUGCACCAUAGCAAUCUACGUUGAUGCUCAAACAUUGUGGUUUUUCGAUACGUCCCCACCCCAUAAAAGUAUAAAAUUGAUGAGUUUGGUCAAAGUUGAUCUGUCACUUUGCAAUAGAAUAAUACAGAACUUCAUAUCGCAUAAACACAACCGUCAUAUUCCAAUACUGGACAAGUCGGUGCGUGGACGAACGGGCGUAAGUAAAGCGACAAUGGUUUGCGUUUCAUCUUUAAAAUUUCAUAGAAUUUCCUUGCACUUUUGUGCGAGACUGCGAGCUAUUAUCGACACAACUGAGACAGAUUGCCAACUUUUUGGACUGCAUAUCUACAUAAUUAGAUUCGUAUAUCCACAUUAUAGUUGUGAGAGUUGAUAGUAUUGAUUGCAACGGAUGUUGUACCGUUUUUUAAAUAUAGAUCUUACCCUUUCACAACAAAGGUCCGUCCAGCGACUGGGCUAGGGACAUCAUGAGACGUCCAUUACUGGCAUUAUAUAAAAAGUAUUACAUAAAUCCAGCAGUUCUUCAUAAUCAUUAAUGGGAUUCCUAAGUCAGACAGAAAAAGUCGAGAUAAUCUAUUACCUAUAGAAAUGAGACACCGGCAAAGUGAUACUUCUGCUAUCACUAGUGUAUGAGGCUGUGAUGGUCAUUUACAUUUAGGCGGGACAUGUCUUCAUUUGUUCCUAUUUGUAAUAAAAGUAAAAUAAAUUGAUGGCAUUUUCAACAAUGGGUAGGUACACAUUCUUGAUGCAAAUAAUACGAAUUAUUAGGGUUUAAAUAUUAUCUAACGUCCAAAUAAUAUUAUUCUUAGGCGUACACAUAAAUGAUUCAGACUUGCAUCAAAUACCAGUAACGACCGCUUCGUGUAAAAAUGAUUUUGUAAUUUAUUAGUAAACCCGAGGGGAUUGUUGUUGACUGCAUAUAUUUUAUAUAUUGUAAAUGUAACGACGGCUCGGAGUAACAAGAAGAGUGAGGUUGGUUCCACUCGUGGAAGUGCGAAACUUGUUUGUGACCAAUGAAUAUUGACACGAUGUGAAAUAAAGCAUAUUUUAGUUUUAUAGACGUACUUUUAUUUUCGUCACAUCCUUUAAAAUGUUAUUAUUCAGUCGAGCAAAUUCAAGCUCUUGGUGGAACAGAUGUUUAAUGUUUUCUUUUAUAGAAAUUGCUAUUCUGAACAACAUUUUUGGCAUCCCAAAACUAGGGCUACAAAGCUUAAACAUACAUAAUAUUUUUUUAUUAAAUAAUGAGCGUCCUGCCCCUCUAGUAUGACCACCACCAAACUCCACUGUAGUCUGACGGUUAAUGCCGAUAUAUCGCUUUAUCAUAUCCCGUUUCGGUAGUCAUGCUAG